AUGGAUGAUGACUACCUCGACAACGAGCACAGCGAGGAGCAGCGGCUCAUCAUGCAGGGCGGCGUCGGCAUUCCCAAGGACGCGGACGGGAAUCCAUGCCCGCUGCUCGCGCCGAUUGGCGCGCCGGACACGGGGCGCAAGUGUCUCGUGCUAGACCUGGACGAGACCCUGGUGCACAGCAGCUUCAAGAUGAUCCAGAAUGCCGACUUUAUUGUCCCUGUCGAGAUCGAGGGGACCGUGCACAAUGUAUACGUCAUCAAGCGUCCCGGCGUGGACGAGUUCAUGCGCCAGAUGGGCCAGAUCUUCGAGGUCGUUGUCUUCACUGCUUCCCUAAGCAAGUACGCCGACCCGGUCCUGGACAUCCUGGACAUCCACCAAGUCGUGCGUCAUCGGCUCUUCCGCGAGUCGUGCUACAACCACAAGGGCAACUACGUCAAGGACCUCUCGCAGCUCGGCCGCGAAAUUGCAGAGACGAUCAUCAUCGAUAACUCGCCCGCGUCGUACAUCUUCCACCCUAACAACGCUGUCCCGAUAUCCUCGUGGUUCAACGAUAUUCACGACACGGAAUUGACCGAUUUGUGCCCGUUCCUGAGCGAUCUCAGCGACGUACACGACGUUCGAGCGGUGCUCGACGCGGGUCUGUGA